UUUUUUUUUUUUCUUUGUGAAAAGCGGCAAAUUCUUUUAUGCCUCUUUUCUUUUCCUUUUUUUUUUUCCUUAUAUUAAUAGAAUAUAUCGUAAACACUUAUAUAUAUACAAAUAGAUGUAUCAAGAAAACAAUGACGAUAUUGAACAACCUACAUCACAGGAAAACUAUGAACGACUGAAUACUUUUGUACGCUCACUUCGACGAAAACAAAAAAACUCUCUACCGAACGCGUGUUGUUGCUGUUUAGAUACAAGAUUAGGAAGUCGUUUGGCUUGUUUUAUUUGGGCGGGAUUAAGUUUAUAUUUUGCUUGUUUAGCUUUUAUGAAUAAAAGUCCAUUCUAUUCUUAUUUUAAUCGAAUACCACUUACUAUCUUUGGUAUUCUCAAUCUCUUGUUCUUUUUCGUUAAUAUGGCUGCCAUAUUUAUUAUUACUUGGAAGGCUGCACCCAUUGUUCUUGGUCGACUAUCUCAAAUGAUUUGGGGUUUUGUCAUUGCUAUUUUGGUGGAUAUGAUUGCCAAUUAUAUUGCUUUUUUAGCAAGACCUGGUGAUUUCCAAACUUGGUGCUUCAAUUUAUCUCAAUCCUCAAUUCAACAAGCGUUCAAUCAAGCUAAUCAAAAUACCACUAUCACCAUCCCAUUUGAUUCUACUACUGAUUAUUAUAAUUGUAAUCGACUUUAUCAAGAUCAAGUCACUUGGACUUUAUUAUCUAUUGUGGCAAUGUCUUUUGUUUAUAUUCACUGGGCAAUGGUAAUUACUUCAUGGGAACGAUGGUAUGUGAUUCAACCUCCUAGAAUGGCUCCAUUCAACGAACCCAAGUCAAAUCAACCAUCUGUAGCUCCUAAUUUAGAACAAGAACAUGAUCAACCAGAGAUGACAAGUACCACUUUACCAUCACAUCACAAUGCUUCAUCAUUUCAUUCUGGAUCCAACUUGACUGGUUCAGCAAUACCAACAGCAGCGCAACAACAACAACAAUAUUAUGAAGAUGGUAGAGUUGAAGAUCCUUCUAUGGUUGAUUAUUAUCCUUCUCAACGACCUAUGGAAUAUAUACCUCAAGAUCAGCAAUACCACCAAUCAGAUCCACAAUUCCAUCAUCAUCAUCAACCGCAACAACAACAAGAUCAAUAUAUGAAUCAUCAGCACAAUCCAGCACAACAAUAUCAACAAUAUCAGCAGCCACAGCAGGAACAAGUAUAUUAUGCAGAAGAUCAGUAUCCAUCAGGCAGAAACGAUGGCUAUUAUCGCUAUUGAAACACCGAUUACAGUUUCUUUUCUUUUUGUUACAGCAUUGUUAGGAAUGGUUGCACCAGCCCGUGGAUCCGGAGUCUUCUGAUUGAUUCAAGCACGUCAUUUCCAUUGAUCAUUGAUAUUGUAGUAAUAAUUUGUAUGGUGUGUGCAUUGAACCUUAUUCUCAUCAAUUUUUUGUAUUUAUAUAAAUAAAGUAUCUUUUUUUUAAUUCUU